UUUUCGUUUUCGUAUCUGACAUCGUAGUUCAGUUGUCUUUGAAUUUUAAGAAAAUGCGCGGUAAAAAUGCUGCGUUCUGUACUAUAUUGCUAUCGUUUAUAAACCUUAUCAUAAUUUUAUUGGGCAUUGCUGUGUUUCGAGCUUUAAUUUUGCAUGAAGAUGAAAUAUUAGACAUUUGCAAUUCUGGCGAUGUGGAUUAUAUUCCAGAUAACAGAGGAAUUUCAGGGCGAUUUUCUGAAGCUUUAAAGUUUCAAACAAUAAAUUAUGGUUUUCACAAUUACAAUCGAGAUGCCUUGUCAAAUUUUAUUUCUUUUCUCACAAUAAGUUUUCCAUUUGUGCAUUCAUCACCACUAGUUUCAAGAGAAGUUGUUAAUAAUCUCAGUUUACUAUACUAUGUUCAAGGCAGCAAUAAAAAACUGAAACCCUAUUUAUUAUCUGGACAUUUAGAUGUUGUACCUGUCGAAGAAUCACAGUGGGAAGUACCUCCUUUCAGUGGCUUAAUCAAGGAUGGUUAUAUAUGGGGUAGAGGUUCAAUAGAUUGCAAACAUAUAGUAAUGGGCAUUUUAGAGGCUCUGGAGUUUUUAUUAGAAAAGGGUUAUCAGCCUCAAAGAUCAUUUUAUAUUGCUUUUGGGCAUGAUGAAGAGAGUAAUGGAAUGGAUGGUGCUCAGCAAAUUAGCAGUGUUCUAAAAUCCAGGAAUGUUGAAUUGGAAUAUAUAUUAGAUGAAGGAACUUUCGUACUGGAUAGUUUUAUUCCUGGAAUAAAAUCUCCUGUUGCAUUUCUGAGUGUGUCAGAAAAAGGCAGUUUAAAUUUGGAAGUAAAAGUGAAAACUGUUGCUGGCCAUUCUUCAACACCACCCAGAGAAACAGCAAUAGUUAUUUUAGCAAAGGCUCUCUCAAAAUUGGAAGGUGAUGUGUUCCUCAGCAUGUUUGGUAAAGGUCCAGAACAACAAAUGUUUGAGAAACUUGCUUAUUGUGCAUCUUUUCCAUUUAAAGUUAUUUUUGGAAAUAUCUGGCUUUUUAAACCUUUUAUUAUGCUAUAUAUGAGAAAUCCAGUUAUGAGUGCUUUACAAAGAACUACAACUGCUGUCACAACAGUUACAGGUGGUACUAAGUUAAAUGUUUUGCCAAGUUCAGCAUCAGCUCAAGUAAAUCUCAGGGUUCAUCCGGCACAAACAACUGAAGAGGCUUUGAAUUUUGUUCAGAAGGUGAUUAAUGAUGACAGAGUAGAAGUAGAAGUUUUAUCUGAAUACCCACCUCAUCCUAUAUCACCAAUUGAUACUUUUGGAUUUGUGACUAUCAGAAACAGUAUUAAGCAAAUUUACAAAGAUAGUUGUGUGGUUCCAACAACUCUUAUUGCAAAUACUGAUACAAGGUGGUAUUUGAAUUUAACCAACUCGAUAUACCGCUUCAGUCUGGUACGCAUGCUUCCAAGUGGGAUUAGUCGGUUUCAUGGUCACAAUGAAAGGAUAUCUAUAAAAAAUUAUCUUGAGCUUGUAAAUUUUUUUCUCCAUUUAAUUAAAAAUUCAGAUGGAGCUGAUUCUGUCACAAAACACACACAUGAAGAUUUGUGAUGCUCAAAAAAUUUUUUGCAUGUAAUAUUUUGAUAACAAUUUUAAGAAAUUUUCUAAGCCAAAUAACAUUCCAGUGCUAAAAUUUUGUAUGCAGUUUUAUUUGUUGUUUUGAAAAAAAAAAAUCUGUUAAUAUAAAAUAAAAAUGUGUGUA